GACUUCUUUAUUUCAGAGCGUGAUCAGCAUUGGUGAGAAUGGGCUGUACCCGGAAGUGAGGGAAAGGCGGAAGUUGAGGCCGGAGAAGCAAGAGAAGAAUAUUCCCCGGGCGGUCGGCAGUUGGGAGAAAUCGGACUCACUAGGCUGAUAUUGUGCGUGUGCAGUUUUGUGAAAACCUUUUGCACGUUGUGGUCCCGCCUGUGCCUUGUCAUUAGUGCAGUGUCAGCCCGAGAGACAUGGCCAGUAGAGGAACAAGCGCUCGACCCAAUGGCCCGGCAGCCGGCAACAAGAUCUGCCAGUUCAAACUGGUUUUACUGGGGGAGUCGGCUGUGGGGAAGUCAAGUUUGGUCCUGCGCUUCGUCAAGGGACAGUUUCACGAGUACCAGGAAAGCACAAUCGGAGCUGCCUUUCUAACACAGACUGUGUGCCUGGAUGAUACAACGGUGAAGUUUGAGAUCUGGGACACCGCAGGGCAGGAGAGGUACCACAGUUUGGCCCCCAUGUACUAUCGAGGAGCCCAGGCGGCCAUUGUAGUUUAUGACAUCACCAAUACAGAAACGUUUGCAAGAGCAAAAAACUGGGUAAAAGAGCUUCAGCGCCAGGCAAGUCCCAACAUUGUCAUUGCCUUGUCUGGUAACAAAGCCGACCUCUCCAGUAAGAGAGCCGUGGAUUUUCAGGAAGCUCAGGCGUACGCCGAUGACAACAGCCUGCUAUUUAUGGAGACCUCUGCUAAAACAGCAAUGAAUGUGAAUGAAAUCUUUAUGGCCAUCGCCAAGAAGCUGCCCAAGAACGAGCCCCAAAAUACACAAAGUACCACAGGGAGAAACCGAGGAGUGGACCUCCAAGAGAACAACCCUCCUUCCAGGAGUCAGUGCUGCAACUAAUCCCUACCCACCGUCGCUCUACAGUCACUUCUUUUCUUGACCGAGAUGGUGGGACACAAGGAAAGUGAGAAGAUGGAAAUCAGAAUCAAACAGAUCAGCAACAAUAAAAACAAAAAAACAAAGAUGAGACUGGAAACCAACUUUUAAGACCAAUCGCCCUUACCCACUACACAGCCAGAACUCUGCCUGUCUGGUGCUGUAAGGGUUAAGAUGGAUGUUACGAUUGUGUUUUUUUCAUCCACGCCAGUUUCUUCUUGAUUGGUGUCCUGUUGGGAAUAUUAUUCCACCUGCACUUUUUCUUUGUUUUUUUUGUUCUUGUACAAAUACUAAUUCAAUUUUUAAGUCUUAAGUCACUUUUUAAUAUAUAAAUACAUAUAUAUAUAAUUAUAUAAAUAGGAACUAUGAGCUGAUUAACCUCCUCCUAUUUUUUUCUUCUUCUUCCAUUUGUGUGGGUUCUGGUGGUGGAUAUGAGGUGAGAUGAAACCUCUCCUUUUCCCACAACCUCCUUUUGAUUGGGCUUUGUACGGCCUUUAUAUGUGCUUUUCUUCUUCUACUUCCCAUUCUGAUGGGCAGCAUCAAGCAUGUCUGCUGUCCUCCAGCUGUUUUUGAACUUCCCUAGAGAAAGCCAUGGCUUUCAGGAUACCGAGUGCAAGUACAGCUGGAGGGCCACCACAGUUUCAAUAUGCCUGAGCUACGCAGACAGGAAUCCAUUCUGAACCGAUUUGAGUUUAGGACAGAGCUAUUAGUGUGAAUAUGGAUAUUUAUAUGAAAUCUAUAUAAUCCCCUAGAUAUCGAUUUCUUGAGCGUUGAGCUUUUCUUUUUUUGUUGUGGGUUCCUUGUAAAUUGCUGCAAACUCUUCUCUUCUAAGUAGCAGUUCUUUUUGUAAUCUCCUGUUUGUAUGUUCUUGUCCCAAUGCAAAAUCCUUACAGUCAGGAUGUUCCAACAUGGUAAAAGCACUUUUAGAAUAAGAAAAAAUGAAACUGUUUAGAAGUAGUAUAGAUCCGAACAUCAAUCCUUUUACUUUGCCGCACAUCAUGGAAUAAGGCUCUGCGUCUAGCUGCCUAUUGGCAGAGUUUUGUGUUCUUCCAAAAUAUGAAGGAACUCUUCGAGCACUUGUAUCUAGCAGACAAUUGCAAGACAUGCACAAGGUCCCACUAGUCUGGCCCCAUCUCUCCUGCUAGUAAGGCAUAGCCCCAGUUAUCAAAUCCACAAAGGAUUCCUUGCUCUGUGCAAAAAGACAAAAUGCAUUGGGGCGUCCUGCAACAGAAGAGCAGUAUUUGCACAAUAACAUGUGACAUGAUAUUCCACCCUAAAAGUAUUUCCUUUUGCGCUCCCUUUUAUUCUUAAUAUAUCACAGUUUAAAGGUAUCUUGAAUUUUAUGGCCUAGUGUUAAAAUCAGUAAAACAUGGAUUUAGAGCGCUUAUGGGCCGAUCAUAGAACCACUUAACUCUUCAGGGUUCUGGGAGACUGGAAUGGACCUCAAGCAUUCGGAAUUGUAUUUAUAUCUCAAACCCAACUGUCUGACCAAAUGAAAUUUGAGUAUUAAGGGGAAGGUAUCUUAUUUUGUUUUUUCAUAUUCUUGUAUUUUGUAUUGUUAUGUUCUCUGCAAUAUGUACUUAAUCAACAUACCUUGAUAAUACAAUACCUACUCAAUA